GCGGCUCGACACUUAAAUGGGAUGAUUGGAGGCUUGUGUGUGCAUGUGGUAACACUACUGCAAUUGUAUGAUUUUUAUUUAUUUAUUUUUUUAGAUUUGUUUCGAACUCAAGACGUCUAUUUUUACAUAAAUUAGUGAUGAAUGAACAGCGUGAAGCAGGAGAUGGGGAAGAAAGUCCUCCAAACCCAUCAAGUCAACAUUGGCAUCCAAAUGAAGAAUAUAUGAAAGUUUUAAUUGGAAUGGGUGUGAGCAGAAAUGCUGCUGAAAAAGCUUUAUUUUAUACUGGUAAUAAAUCUCCAGAUUUGGCUGCAGCCUGGAUAUUUGAAAACCAAGAUAUGGAUCUUGAAACACCUUUAGAGGCAGAAGCUGGACACAUUAGUGAUAAUGACAUAGAAACAGCUGAUGCGUAUAAAAUGGUGUUUGUAGUUAAUAUGGCAUUAGAAAUGGGAACUGGUAAAAUAGCAUCUCAAGUUGCACAUGCUGCAUUAGGAAUUCAUAGAUUAUUGCUACAAGAUGAGAAUAAAUAUGGAGAUAUGGUUUUACAAUGGGAAGAACUUGGUGAAAUCAAGAUUGUGUUGAGAGGUGACAGUACUCAACAUUUGGUUGAAUUAGAAAGAUUAGCUAUGUCAAUGAAUUUACCUACCUACUUAGUUCAAGAUGCAGGAAGAACACAAGUUCCUGAAGGUUCCACAACUGUAUUAAGCAUACUGGGAAGGAUUGAUCUUGUAGACAGGGUUACAGGUGCACUCCGAUUACUUUAACAAUCAAAAUAAAUUAUUGGUUUUAUAUACAAUUUACUUGCAAAAUUUCCAAAAUUAUUAAGUUAGAUACAUUCUUCAGAUAUAUGGUAAUUAUCUAGUGAUUAUAAAAACUGUAAAUUGUUUUAGGAUACCUAAUGAAAUUUUCCUAAUGAAAAUAUUAAUACUCAAAUAUAUGAUAAUAUAUUUUAUAUUACAUUAAUACUUGUUAAAUUAAUUUACAUUGUUGAAUAUUAAAGUUAAAUGCUUUUAUUUUGUCUUUUCCAAUAAGCUUAAAUAAAUAAUGUGAUAAGCUUCAGCUUAAAGCUUGAUUGUGGAUAUUAAAUAUGCUGUCAUUUUUUUACACAAAA